AUGAACAAUCUCAUUCUAUUAGUAAUGAGCUUUACAAUUGUUUAUUGCCUUGAAUUUCCAUCAUUCUAUCAUCGUUCUACAGUAUUAUUCUAUUCAAACUUCCACUUUAGGAUAUUUAUAUUGAAAUUGCAUAAGCCAUUGAAAAGUGCGAUGGAGUAGAAAUGGAAAUGGUCAGAGAUUUUCCUAAAUUGUCAAUGGUCACCCUAAACAAAAAUUAGAAUAAACCAAAUAAGGGUUUUGUACUUUUUGGAGAACAUGCAAGAGAAUUAAUUUCUCCAGAAACGGGUCUACAUUUUGUUAAGAAACUCUGCAGUCAAAAUGAGGAAAUGAAAUCAGUUAAGGAUAAUUAUGAAUUAAGAAUGAUAGUCAAUGUAAAUCCACUAUCCAGAGAGAAAGUCGAAUCUGGUGAUUUUUGUAAAAGAGAGAAUGAAAAUGGAGUUGAUUUGAAUCGUAAUUACAAAUCUCAUUGGUCUAAAGUAUAUUACACUAAUUACUCAGGAUCAUGAUCCAGAAAUGGUAAGAACUGCCCCUGGACCAUUUGCUUUUUCUGAAGCCGAAACCUAAACAGUGAGAGAUGAACUGAAGAAAUUCUCUCCAGACGUCUUCUUCUCCAUUCACUCUGGAACCCUAGCACUUUUUACUCCCUAUGCUUAUAGCAAAGAAUAACGUAAACAUCAAUUCUAACUUUAGCAACUGAAAACAUUUCCAGUAUGAUGGAAAUUCUUACAGAAGUUAGAGAGAAGCAUUGUGAAACUUGUAAAAUGGGAUCUUGUGGUCAUGAAAUAGGAUAUCUAUCUCCAGGUACCUCCAUGGAUUACGCUUAUGAUGAUUUGAAAGUAAACUAUUUAUAGUAUCCCUUUUAGAUACCUUAUUCAUUUACAUUUGAAAUCUAUCAUGGAGGUUUAGAUGUUAGAACUAAAAAACAUGCCACUAAAUUUUUAGAAGUUCAAUCUUCUCAUAAUAAACAUAGAAUCACUGAUGAAGAAAAAUUAGAUUAAUUGCUAAGAGAUCAUUCCUGUUUUGCCGCAACCUCAACGUACUUCCCUCUUAUUAAUUUAUUAGUAAGGAAAUGCCACCUGAUGAAUGUUUCAAAUAUUUCAAUCCUGAAGAGAAGGAUUAAUACGACUUCUAUGUUGAAAAUUGGACCUAAGCUAUAACGUUAUCAUUAAACAGAGUAGCUGAAUAAAGAUAAGCAUAACAAUAAUAAUAAUGAUAAUGAUACAUUAC